AUCGUUACGUUUACCUAUUUUUUGUGUGCCUCGGCCACUUCGCGUAGCGGUCUCCGUCGUCGACGCAGCUUCACAAUUGUGUGCAUUCGUGUUCCAGCAAAUUUCGGAACGUACGCUGUACCAGUGUCGCAAGCAAUAUUUUAGUUUUUGUCCGUAAACUGCCCAAGCUAAACCAGCCAGCAAAAUGGUGGACAACACGAAGGAUCUCGGCUUCACCAAGGAGGAGGAGCUGCUGCUGCAGGACUUUAGCCGGAACGUGAGCACCAAAUCGAACGUUCUGUUCUAUGGCAGUGCCUUCAUCGUGUCCGCGGUCCCCAUCUGGCUGUUCUGGAGGGUUCACCAAAUGGACCUGCUGCCGUCGGUCGUGUUCUUCGUGAUUGUGACCGGCCUGUGCACGUACCUGCUGGCGAUGGCGUACCGUAACACCAAGUUCACGAUGAAGCACAAGAUUGCCAUCAAGCGGGAGGACGCGGUCUCGCGCGAGAUGACCGCCCAGCUCGCCGACGACAAGAAGAUGAGCCGCAAGGAGCGCGACGAGCGGGUGCUGUGGAAGAAGAUCGACGUCGCCGAGUACGAGGCGACCACCUUCUCUAUCUUCUACAACAACGCCCUCUUCCUGGCCGUGGUCAUCUUUGCCAGCUUCUACCUGCUGCGAUCGUUCACCCCGACCUUCAACUACAUCUUCUCCAUGGUCGGUGCCGGUGGACUGCUGGCCCUGCUGUCGACGGGCAAAUCGACGUAAAUGGUGGGCAAGGGGUGGCAUAGGGUGAUGUGCGAGCGGGGGGGAUUGUAGCCGUCUCUGUGCGACCGUGUGUCCGUACGCAUGGCGCUCACUUCUUAAUCCUACCAUCUUGGUGACUUUUUUGGCAUUAGGAUGUUAGGACAGUGAUUGGAGCACUGCCGGGCGUACGGGAGUUCUCAUCCCGCAAACACACUCACACAGCACAACACAAAAACAACAAACAACAAGACUCACACAAAAUAGUUUAAACUUGCGACUGUGUGCGAUUGUGCCCCGUGGUGGGGGGGUGCAUACUUUUUCGUUUAUUCGUUAUUACGAACUGAGACAUUCAUUCACUGCUGCUAUUUGUACGCCGUACGGCUAUUUCUUCCGGUCGGCUAAUUAAUAAUCAUUCGAUGCAUCGCUCAGUAAAGAUUAAGUUACUACAAUUAA